UGAGAGGAUAUAGCGCACUGGCAACGCUUCCAUAUUUGCGCAGAAUCGUUGGCACGGCGUUUACCAGCCGACGUGUGCGCCGUUCGCUAUGGCUUCUCAAGGCAAGCGAUACACGCUGUGCGGUUUUAACGAGGAGCUCGACUGGAGACCUUUGCAUUUCCUCGGGCCUGUUCCUGCUCAUAGAAUAUGUGACGCAUGUGGUGUGUUGUCUAGAAAAACCGUUUUUCUGCCCUGUCAACACGUGCUGUGCAAAAGCUGCUUCGAGCAGUGCGUACUCCAUAAGGGCCACGCCUGUCUACUCGACGGUGACCAGUUUAUUCCGGAGGAAGCUGAGUGGAGAGAAUUUCCUUUGGAGAACCUUCUGCGGCGCAAGAUAAAAUGUUGGAAUGAAGAACGCGGCUGCGACGUCGUUUUGCCUGCAUCAGAAUUGAACAAGCAUUUUUGCAAUGACUGUGAGCACCACGCCACGUCGUGCCCUAAAUGUUCAAAGCUGGUGCUCCGUAGUAAUAUAGCGGCGCAUUUACAGAGCAAAUGCCGAGACUACGCGGUAUCUCUGACGUCCGGCGCUGCAGAAAAGUCACACAGUGACGGAAAAGCAAUGAUGAUGGCUGUGAAUGCAAGCUUAUACGUGCGAGUAGUUGAAAUGAAAGACACGCUAGACGAAGUCAUUAGUGAUCAUAUUGUCCAAUAUGACCGGCUGAAUGAGAUUUCACAUUGCAUUAACACGGUCAAAGAAGCUCUGCUACACAGGUCAAGCGGAAGUAGUACGUUGGAUAGCCUUACUUCACAAUGUACAGUUACGUUAUCUUCAGUUAGAGAAGUCAAGGAAAGAUUGAUUGACCACAGCGAAGAGACACGUGUGCUUUCAGGAACCUUAAUGAAUUCAAUAAAAGAGCUGAAGGAAGUGUUGCAGGACACCGCAAGGACAUUCUCCCUAAAUUGCGUAGGAAGUGUGGCUGGUAUUGGUGGAGCGAAGGACACUGAGAAGAAAGGAGGACAUAGCACAUUGAAUAAAGAACUGGCCUUACACACAAUAAACAUUAAUCGAUAUGAGUUCAUGGCUAAGGGAUACGAAGCAAUGAAAAAGAGCGCACGUUCUGAAGGCUAUCAUAUUUGCGCGGAAGAAAAAAUAUACAUGUCUGGCUAUCACGUCUCGCCAGGAGUGCACUUCAGAAAAGCGGGAGAUCAUGUGUUUCUGCAUCCUCGUUUUCAGCUGCACAAAGGUGUGAUCGACGAAUUUCUUCAGUGGCCUUUCACUAAGAACAUUCGGGUGACCGUCAAGCAUUCGUCCCAAAGCAAACAGUGCCAGAAGGUGUGGAACACUAGCGGUACCCUUCAGUACUUUGGAAGACCCGGAGAAACAGCCAACGAUGGCAGUUGCAGCACAUUCGUUUCAUUUAGCCUAAAUGAUCUUGAAGGUGAAGGGUACGUCAAGGAGGACAAGCUUCACAUCGUGUGGGAGCUUCUUCCGAAGCCCGUAGCAGAAUAAAUGAGGGGAAUUUUGCGUAUUUCAUUAAAUACACAUGCUGUUUUAUUUCCUGGAAACGAAUUUCGCUCUUCCAAAUGCCUUCGUUGAAAGCAAAGUAAAGCCUCCUUUUUGUACUUGUCUACCCGACAUCGCUUUAGAGUGAGUUUAUAAAAUUGCCUUUCAACUGCGUAUUGUGCCAUUCAGAACUGUAUGUGUAGGUGACUCGCAGACAGAGAAUUAAACAAAUUCUAUCAUGGG